AGCGUAUAUCCGCUUUGACGCGGACGUAAACAAACGUAGCUUAGCAAUCUAAGCCUUGCUGUAACCAUUGAGAGAUUGUACCGUAGUACAAUGUGUUUCUCUGCCGUCUAGAUCUAGAACGAUCUGAUAUCCGGUACCAGGACCCGGCGUUUUGUUAAGAGCUUUACUUGAGAAGAUCUCAACUCAACAAUGUCUACUUCAAAUUUCAAGAAUAAGUGUGUGACGCAAGUCAACUGUAUAUACUGUGACAAUCUGCUGUGUAUGAGAGGGAUGAAAGCUGUACUUUUGGCUGACACGGAAAUAGAGUUGUUCUCAACCGACAUACCACCAAAUAGGACUGUUGAUUUUGUGGCCAGCUGCUAUUCCACUGAAAGCUGCAAAUGCAAAUUAAGAGAUAUUGCUUGUUUGAAAUGUGGGAAUGUUGUGGGAUAUCACGUGGUGGCCCCAUGCAAGCCCUGCUUGCUGUCCUGCAACAAUGGUCACUUCUGGAUGUUCAACAGUGAAGCUGUGUCCACCAUCAAUAGACUGGAUGCAACAGGGCAGAACCUGCUGCUGUGGGGAGAUCUUCCAGAACUGGAGGACAGUGAUGACGAAAGCCUGGACAGUCUGUCAGAAGAAGAGUACCUCAGAUAGAAACACACGUCUAAAUGAAGUAGAUUUACAUAAAUCUCCGUUUAAAGCACAUUGUCUUCUCUUCAGCUGACUGGGAACGGGCAAAAGGAAAACAAAAUCUUUACCAUCCCAGCUUGAUUUAUAUGCAUUUUCGUUCUGCAUUCUCUCACUUUAGUUUAAGCAUGUCAGAGUGCCAUUAGCAAACAAUGUUUCCGUUUUCUUUGCUUUGCGGUUACAGUAGCACAAUACAUGAUGAUUGGAUUUAAAGAUUUAUGAUGUUAUCCUCAUACGGUAUGUCUUUAUUCAGGAUUCACAAAUGGUUCACGAAGAUUAACAGCAGUGUUACUUUGAGGUGUUAAUAGAAUUGAUUUGCUCCGUUACGAAAGCAGUUUUUGAAAGGCAGCCAAAUGGCCAGCCAGCUAACAAUUUUUUUUCAUAGAUAGAUAGAUAGAUAGAUAGAUAAGGAUUAACAAUCGUGCAAAAUUGUAUGCUGGUUCCACAAGUGUAGGUGGUUUUAUAGGAUGAAAAUGACUGACAUUAACCAUGUUUUAAUGGUUUACCAGUAUAUUUGUCCAUUUUUAUUGAAUGUCACACAUUGUCUCCUGAAGAUGAAUAUGAAUUGAUACAUGUAUCCUAAACUAGGCUUAAUCUUGUCUUUCAUCUGAUUAUUUUCUGUAUUUCAAUUUUUCAUGGCUUUGAAAUUUUGAAGUGGCACAAAAUGAUUUGGUAACUUUGAGUAGUUAGGUCUCAGCUCGGUGACAUUUGGCAUUUGAACAACUUUGAUUUAACAUUUUUAUGGCACACUCUUUUCAAUGAAUGCAGUUUCAUGAUUUUAUUAUUUUUAUUUAUAGUUUAAAAUGUGUGUUUUUUUUAAUAAAGUUAUGUUUCACUGUUUGUCAACAGAGCAAUCAUGAAGAAAAAAAUGACAGAAAGAAAUCUGCACUUAAUUACUGUAAAUGCUACAUGAAACUGUGACAUACUGGACAAAGCAUUUUUAAGAUUUCAGAUUUUUUUUUCCAUGGAGGUAACAAAAUGACUUACAUCCUCUUCCAUUUUGAUUUAUUAA